AUGUCCGUUCGACCCAGCACUACCAGCGCCCUGGGCGCGAUUGGAAACACGCCAUGUGUCGAACUAAGGCAUGUGGUUCCUCCCGACAGCGCCCGGGUCUUCGUGAAGCUGGAGAGCCUGAAUCCCACGGGAUCGUACAAGGACCGCAUGGCGCAGUCGGUGAUCGAGGAAGCGGAGCGGCGUGGGGAUCUGCGGCGCGGGAUGACCGUCGUGGAGGCCACGGGUGGCAGCACGGUAUCCUCGCUGGCGUUUGUCUGCGCCGUCAAGGGCUACGCCUUCCGGGUGGUCUCGUCGGAUGCGUUUGCGGCGGAGAAGCUCAACACCAUGACCGCGUUCGGGGCGGAUCUCGACCUCGUGCCCAGCGGGACCGGCAAGAUCACCCCGCGGCUGAUCCCCGCCAUGCGCGAGCGAGCGCGGCACAUCGCCGCCCAGGGCGACGGGCACGACUACUACUAUGCUGAUCAGUUCAGCAAUCCCGACGUCUUCCCGGGCUACGAGGCGCUGGGGCGCGAGCGGUGGCCGGGGUGUCGGCGCGCGGUCCUGGAGCCGGCCUCGGCACCGGCAUUGACCCAGGGUCAUGGCGGGGAACAUUCGGUGGAGGGGAUCGGCAUUGGCUUCCCCCCGCCUCUGCUCAACCGGGAUUGGUAUGAUGAGGCCCGGGCCAUCGACGAAGCCGAGGGACGUGCCAUGUGUCGACGGCUGGCGAGGGAGGAGGGUCUUCUCCUGGGUACCUCUUCUGGUUUGAACGUGGUCGCCGCGAUGCAGCUGGCCAAGGAAUUAGAGCCGGGAAAAACGGUGGUGACCGUGGGCUGUGAUACGGGUCUCAAGUAUGUGCGAGGAGAUCUGUAUACGCAGAGCUAA